AUGAUAAUUGGAACUUUAUCUGCUAUCACUACGGGUGUUUUACUUCCACUAUUUUCAAUACUUAGCGGGUAAUUAGCUGACACUUUUGAUCCCAAGAAUACUCCCGAGGAUAUUAAGUAAGCUAUGAAUGUAGUAUCAGCAUAUAUUGCUCUAUUAGGAUUUGGAACAUGGCUUUUUGCAUAUAUUUACUUUUCAUUCUGGUAGCAUGUGGCAGAAAACAUUGCAUUUAACCUCAGAGUAAAAUAUUUAAAAGCAAUCCUGCAACAAGAGGUAGAAUACCUAGAAAGUAUUAAUAUAGAGCAGCUUCCUUCUUAAAUAGGGGAAAACUUUACCAUAAUAUAAGAAGCAAUUGGAUAAAAAUUCUCAACAAUCAUAUUUGCUAUCUUUAAUCUAAUAUCAGCAAUGAGUAUAGCAUUAGCUAGAGGAGCAGAUCUCGCUGCAAUUUUUCUUGUGGUCUUUCCUAUUAUGUUUAUGAUGCUAUUGAUAUUCGGUGCUUAAGUAAAAAAGGGAUCAAUCUUAAAAUCAAACGUUAUAAGAAAGCUUGGAGGCAUUGUUGAGGAAAGUUUAAUGAGUAUCAGAUUAAUUACUUCAUUUGCUCAGUAAGACAAGGAGAUUGAAAGAUUCAACGAAAUUUCAGAUAAAUGCAGUGAGGUUUCUGACAAAGCAGAGUUCUGGGUAUCAGGAUUUCUAGGAUUUCUGAAGUUUGCUAUCUAUGGGUUUUAUUCUUUUAACUUUUGGCUUGGAACCAUAUAUAUUGAGCAUAAAAAAAUAAACCCUAAUACUGGAUCUAAUUAUACUGUGGGAGAGAUCAUAUCUAUCAUAGUAGCAUUAAUGAAUUGUUCAUCAAUGACAUUUUAACUGAAUCCCAACUUAUAGGCAAUUGUAAAAGCUAAGUUAGUUGGUCGUCAAAUAUUUGACGUCAUUGACAGGGUUCCAUAAAUUAACGACUCAGAUCAGAGUAUUUCAUAGUUUUAACUGAAUCAUUGCAUCAAGUUUUAGAAUGUUUCGUUUACAUAUUCAAAGUCAAAAAAGCAGAUAAUAAAGGAUGCUACCUUUUAAAUAAGAGCAAAUGAAUCUACAGCAAUUGUGGGUCAUUCUGGGUGUGGAAAAAGUACGAUUAUAUAAUUAAUAGAAAGAUUCUAUAAUACCAAAAAUGGAAAUAUUUUCCUAGAUGAGAUCAACAUAAAAAAUAUCAAGUUAAAAACUUUGAGAGAAAGUAUAGGGUAUGUUUAAUAGGAGCCAGUAUUGUUGAUGGGGUCCAUAAAGGACAAUAUAUUGUUUGGAAAUAAGGAUGCUACCGAUGAAGAAUUAGAUCAAGCAAUAAUGAUGGCUAAUGCUUCAUUCAUUUAUUAGCUUGAGAACAAACUUGAUACUUAGAUUGGUUCAUCAAAUAUUUUAAAUCUCUCAGGUGGACAAAAAUAAAGAAUAGCUAUAGCAAGAGCUCUAAUAAAACAUCCAAAGAUUUUGAUUUUGGAUGAAGCUACAAGUGCUCUUGAUCCGAAGAGUGAAAGAGAUGUUUAAACUGCUUUCAAUAACAUUUAAAGUUCAGAUCGCAAACUUACAACAAUUAUGAUAGCUCAUAGACUAUAGACUAUCAUGAGUGCUGAGAAUUUAAUAUAUCUAGAUCGAGACUAUAAAAUAUUUUAGGCUUCCAAAGGCUCAUAACUCUAUGAUGAGAUAAUGGGAAGAUUGUAGAAUGAACAAGUAUAAGAAGAAUAAUAAGACAUAGACAGUCCUAGUCCUCUAUCAAAAAAGAAAAAUGAGAACUUCUACUCAGAUUUAAGAAUUGAAAAUCACGAAUAAUCUUUCUAUAGGCUGAAUACAAAUAGGGACAUGGAAAAUAGUGAAGCAUUUGAAAGAUCUUAAAACACUAUAAAUCCAAUUACAUAAUCUGAUGAAGUGAGUAAUGAUACUAUGUACGGAAUAGGCCAUGUCAUGAAUUACUAUCGACCUUACUCAAAAGUUUUUGUCUAAUUCCUUGCCACAUUAGGUAGUGCUUUUUCUUUUCCUCUAUAUGGAUUCAUUUUUUCGAAAAUUGUGUUCGUUAUGCUCAACUCAGCAUCAGAUAACUUCAUUAAUGAAAGAAACUUAUGGUGUAGUUGCUUUGUUGGGCUGUCUGUUGCAAUGGGAUGUUUUGACUGGCUUAAUAAAUCUUUAAGUGCAUCACUCUGUGAGACAAUGACAAAUAAUAUUAGAAAAUAGCUAUAUGCAGCAAUUAUUCGAAAGAAUAUUGGAUGGUUUGACAAUAAAACUAGAGCGCCAGGUAUUUUGAGUAAUAUGAUCCAGGAAGAUAUCUCUCAACUUAAAGGACUUACUAGUUAGACUUAUUCUAGCCUAUUAGAGGCUAUUCUUUGUCUAGGAAUCGGUGUUGUAUUGUCUUUUAUCUAUACAUGGAAGAUGGCUCUCGUUGCUUUAGCUAUCUCACCACUUAUCAUAGCAGGAGGUAUUGCUUAACAGUUAAUAAUAUGGAAUAGUGCUAAGAAUUCUAACAAAUAGAGUGUAAAAGACACUGGAAAAUUAGAUCCUUAUGACAAAGCAAACGCUCUUUUGUCCGAUAUUAUUAUAAACUAUAGAACUGUACUAAGCUUUGGUGAGAAGAAUAUUGAGUUUUUGAUAUAAAAAUAUGAUGAUUUAUUGGAAGAACCUAAAAGGAUUGGAAUCAAGAGUGCUCAUAUUAGUGGAUUCUUCUAUGGAUAUACUACUUGUAUCAGAUUCUUAUUUAUUGCUUUCGUAUUUUAUAUGUCAUCGAUUUUCAUCUUUGAGUAUAAUGACAAGCCUGAGGACACAUAUAUUGGAGUAUACACUCUUUUUGUUGCUGCUUUGGGUACUGGUACCUUGCUUUCUUAAAUGCCGUCUGUAAAUAAGGCUAAAAAAGCAUCCCAAAAGAUCUUUAGCAUUAUUAAUGAUAUGAGUAAUCAUAGCGAUAGUAAUCAUCAAGAAAUAAGAAAUAUCACUAAUGGAUAAAUAGAAUUCAAAGAUGUUACUUUUAGAUAUCCUUCAAGACAAUAAAAAGUUCUAAAUAAGUUAAGUUUCAAAGUACCAGCUGCAAGUAAGAUUGCAAUAGUAGGGCAUUCUGGAUGCGGUAAGAGUACCAUAGCUACUUUGCUAUUACAACUUUAUGAAUUUUCUGAUGGCUAAAUAUUUAUAGAUGGAAUUGAUAUUAAAGACUAUAAUGUAAAAUCACUUAGAUAAUAAAUUGGCUAUGUAAUGCAAGAACCAUUACUAUUUAAUAUGAGUAUCAAAGAAAACAUCCUCUAUGGAAACGAAAAUGCAACUGACGAGUAAAUAAGAGAAGCUGCUGAAAUGGCAAAUGCUUUGUAAUUUAUUGAGAAUUCUGAGGAUUCAUCACAUAUCAAUAGUGAGAAUAGUUACCAAUAAACUCAUGUUUCCCUGAAAAAAAUUCUAAGAUUUCCAAAUUUUAAGAAAAACUACUGCAACCUUCUUCCUCAUCUUAAAGAGAGUUUCAAAAAGGUAUAAGAUGAUAACUAGCAGUUGAGACUGAUUCUAGAAAUUAUUAAAAGAGCAGAUUAAAAUUUGAUGAUGUUGAUUAAUAUCAGACCAGAAAGUUUUAUCAAAUCAAUUUAAACUUGUUUAAAGCAGGAUAAGUCUGUUAAAUGGCAAGACAUAGUACUUAAUUUUGAAUGGAAGUUCUAAGCAAGUCUCAUUAAAGCUCAGGUUAAUUAGAUCAAAAUGAGCAGCAAUUUUUAAAAAUAGAUUUUAGAGGCUUUGAAAACUAAGAAAAAUUAAUUUGAUAUACAAACUAUAAAAUCUUACCAGGCAUAAAUAGUCUUGAAUCCUGAAGAAAUUGGUAUGAAAUCAUUUGAAGAAGUAAUUAACGCUGACUAUGAUAGAAUUAAACACUAAAAUGACAUCAGAAUAUCAUCCUUAGUUUACAAUCUGAAACAGAAAAGUAAAUUUAAAAAGAAAUCCGCAAAGAUUUAGUAAUUAGAUGAAACCUCCAUAUAAUCAUCGCUUCAUCCAGGGUUUAACAAGAUUUGUGGGCUUAAAGGUUCAAUGCUAUCAGGAGGAUAAAAACAAAGAAUAGCAAUUGCAAGAGCUUUAAUUAAAGAUCCUAAAAUAAUGAUUCUAGAUGAAGCCACCUCUGCUCUAGAUGAAUAAUCUCAAGAAUGCGUUUAGAAAGCAUUAGAUAGAGCAAUGGAGGGAAGAACUAGUAUCGUGAUUGCUCACAGGCUAAGCACAAUUAAGAAUUGUGAGUGGAUAUUAGUACUUCAUCAUGGAAAAGUAAUAGAAUAAGGUACAUUUCAGUCCUUAUUAGAAAAUGAAAAUUCCUAUUUUAAUAAGCUUAAAUCCGGAAUGGAAAUGUGA